UUUUCACACGCUUUCUUUCCUCGUUUCCUCCCAGAGAACCUGACAACUCUUUUUUUUCUUCCUUUCUUUAUGAUCAACUCAAUCAUCUACUGAGUGGUUGGUCGCAUUCAUCUCUACUUCAAUCAAUAUCUUUCUCCUGUCUCUUUGUAACAUCACCACUCCCUCCUCUGCUAGUUUUUCGUUUUCACCCCCAUCGUCUGCAGACGAUUGACCAUUUUGGUCCCUUAAUCGUUCACUUGUAUCAGUCAUCUCCCUCAAAAGCUGCCCAUCAUGUUCAGAUCCUCAGUUUCGAAACAGGCACGUCUUGUGAGGAUACCCUCAUCACUUUCAGUCCCUCUGGCGGCAGUGUCCAAGCAAUGCCGUCCGACCCUAGCAUCUGGGCUGUGGCGUCCUUCCAGGCCGUCGCUGCUACUCCAGACCUCCCGUCUCUUCACAAGCGGAGCUGCUGUAAAGGAAGAGAGCAAUGCUCAACCUGAGUCGGCCAACAUCACAAAGUUUUCCCAGCUGGCAAAGGCAAAUAUCGACGAGAGCAUAACAAAAGCUAUAACAGUGGAUCUGCGCUAUGAGGACAUGACACAAGUUCAGUCAAUGACCCUGGCUCCUGCGUUGAAGGGGAAAGACUUGGUUGCUCAAGCCAAGACUGGAACAGGCAAAACCAUUGCCUUUCUGGUUCCUGUUAUCCAGAAGAUUCUCGACGCCGACCCUUCGCUGAAACAAGCCACCGGUGUGAGAGGGUCUCGCCAUUUCUCACGAACCCAGAACAUCAAGGCCAUCAUCAUUUCGCCUACCCGCGAACUCGCUGAGCAAAUCGGCAAGGAGGCCAUCAGACUUUGCCAGCGCAACGGAGUCAAGGUUCAGACUGCGGUGGGAGGUACUGGCAAGCGUGAAUCCCUUCGCAAGAUACAUAUGGAAGGGUGCCAUCUGCUCGUUGGAACCCCGGGCCGUCUGAACGAUCUUCUGAGUGACGAGACAUCGGGAAUAGACGCAAGCACCCUCCAAGCCUUGGUCCUUGACGAAGCAGACCGUAUGCUUGAUGUUGGCUUUGAAAGGGAGUUACGGUCAAUCGUCGACAUGCUUCCAGACCGUCAACAGGUCCCGCGUCAGACUCUUCUCUUCUCUGCCACCCUCCCUAGAGACGUUGUCAGCCUGGCUCGGUGGUACGUGGACAGGCAAAACUUUCAAUUUGUUCAGACAGUGCGGGAGGAUGAGGUCCAGACUCACGAAAAGGUGCCUCAAUUCAUCGUGCCGACAUCGUCAUUCGAAAACCUCUUGCCUUCUGUGCUCGAGCUUAUCUUGAAGGAAACCAGGGCUGCGAAGAAUGACCGUUCCAAGGCACCUUUCAAGGCUAUUCUUUUCCUGCCGUUCACGAACAUGGUUGCAAUGGCUGGCGAGCUGUUCCGAGAACUUGCCAAUCAGAUUCCCGACCUUCCAGAAAUUUACCACAUUCACGCUCAGUUGAGCCAGGGUCAAAGGACAAGGGCAGCAGAUUUCUUCAGGAAGUCAAAAUCUGCUAUCCUGGUCAGCACGGAUGUGACUGCACGUGGCAUGGACUUUCCCAACGUGACACACGUCAUCCAGGUUGGCCUGCCGCCUGACCAAGAGCAAUAUAUUCACCGUCUGGGCAGGACAGGUCGUGCGGGCAAGGACGGACAGGGCUGGCUAUUCGUACCUCACUAUGAUUUACGCGACGCUCGGUACAUGCUGGGCGAUCUCCCGAUCAAGCGCUCCUCUGAUAUUGAGGUUGCCGAGUUCCCUGUGCCGCCUCGUAACCUAGAGGAGGUACCCGAAGCUUACCGAGAGGUUGCAAAAGCCUGCAAGGCCCUGCCCAAGGGCCUUCUUGCUGAAUCAUACUAUGUGCAGUUUUCCCAAGCUACCAAGCGCAACAUGGGAACCAUUGCUAGGGAACAGAACAGCUUGGUGAAGAACGUGUGGGGUUGGGAAAAGCCUCCCGCAUUCUCGCCGGAGAGGGCUGCCAAGUUGGGCCUCCACGGCAUGCCUGAAAUAAUUAUCGGUACUCCCAUGCGCUAUUCAAUCGACGAACGUAACGGUCCUCGCGGUGGCCGUGGUGGGUUCGGUGGUGACCGUGAUGGCUUUGGAGGCGGCCGCGGCUUUGGUGGCGACCGUGGCUUUGGUGGUGAUCGAGGCGGCCGUGGCUUUGGUGGCGACCGUGGCUUUGGUGGCGACCGAGGCGGUCGUGGCUUUGGUGGCGACCGAGGCGGUCGUGGCGGCUUCGGAGGCGGUCGUGGUGACCGUGGUGGUUUCGGAGGCGAUGGUUCUCGUCAAUCGAACUUUUAA